AUGUGCCUUCCUGAUUUUGAAGAACGGAAUGAAGGAAAUCACCAGUUACGUUUGGGUCUGCUUAAGGCUGCACUAGAAGGAAAUAUAGAGGAAGCUAAAAGUCUGAUUAAUGAUAAUUCUUCGAUGAGGCUAACAAGUGCCGCUAUCACAGAGGGACAAGAAACAAUUUUUCAUGUAGCACAGUUGUUAGCAUCUUAUUUAGAUAAGGAUAGCAAUAGCUUACUGCAUCUAGCUGCAAAAUACCCAAAUCCAAAACCAGUCAAUACUCUGCCAGGUGCAGCUCUAGAAAUGCAGCGAGAGUUGCAAAUGUUCAAGGAUGUUGAAAGGCUUGUAAUGCCUUCAUUUAGAGAGUUAAAAAACAAAACUGGCAAAACACCGCGCGAGUUGUUCACUAGUAUUCAUGAAGAUUUACUUAAAAAUGGAGAAAAGUGGAUGAGAGACACAGCUAACCAAUGCAUGCUUGUGGCAACAAUCAUCGCUAUUGUUGCUUUUCCAGCGGCUUUCAAUGUAGCCGGAGGUAACAAUUCUAAUGAUGGCAUACCUAUUCAUCGAAGAAGUAUUAUUUACACAGAAAAUGAUUUUUAUAGGUCAUUACCACUUAAGUUGGUGGUUGGAGUCUUGACAUUGUUCAUAUCUAUAGCAGCCAUGAUGCUAGCUUUCAUUCCAAGCAUUUUCAUAGCUUAUGAUCACCAUAGACCAAAUGUAAUCCGGAUUCUUGCUACUAUAUUUGUAAUUUUUCCUGUGUUUAUAUUUAGUUUGUCACACUAUGGCCUUUUAAGAGAUGUAUUGUACUACUCAUCAGUCCGUUUUAGGGUUUCCCUACGCCAAGACAAUGCUAGAGAACUCAAAUAA